AUUAUAUAUAAUUGUAAAGCCUUGAAAAUGGGGAGGAACUGUAAUUUGGAUCUUCGUCUUGUACCAACUUCAGUCAGUUCUGUCUCUCUCCAGUCGACGGAUUUUGAAGAUCAGCACCAUCACCAAGAACCCAUAAUGGAUUUGAUGGGUGCAAGUACAAAUGAAAAACAUCAGCAACAGCUAACCAUUUUCUAUGAUGGAAGAGUCAGUGUUUGUGAUGUAACAGAGCUUCAGGCCAGAGCCAUCAUAUUGCUUGCAAGUAGAGAAAUGGAAGAGAAGUCCAAGACUCUAUCUGGUUCAUCAGACCCACCUUCCCCAUUGUUGCAAUCUCAAUUGUCCAGCCCUACUGGUCUUCCAUUGAAGAGGUCUUUGCAAAGGUUCCUUCAAAAGAGAAAGCACCGGAUCCAAGCAACAUCACCUUAUAAUCACUAGACAACUUAUUCAAUUAGAUUGUAGUUUUGAGAAGAAAAUGAUGAUCUUGUACUUGUCCUUUUUUUUUUCAUUUUACAAUUAUUUAUUUGCACAUUUUUU